AUGGAUGGCUCCUUCAUCCAGCACAGCGUGAGGGUCCUGCAGGAGCUCAACAGGCAGCGGGAGAAAGGCCAGUACUGCGACGCCACCCUGGCCGUGGGCGACCUGGUGUUCAAGGCCCACUGGAGCGUCCUCGCCUGCUGCAGCCACUUCUUCGAGAGCCUCUAUGGGGUUGGCUCCGGGGGCAGCGUCGUCCUCCCGGCCGGCUUCGCGGAGAUUUUUGGCCUCUUGCUGGACUUUUUCUACACGGGCCACCUCGCCCUCACGUCAGGGAACCGGGACCAGGUGCUCCUGGCAGCCAGGGAGCUGUGUGUGCCGGAGGCUGUGGCACUGUGCCAGAGCUUCCACCCCACGCCCUCGGCGGGACAGGCACCAGGUGGCCAGGGUGGUCUGGAGAAACCUGCCCCCCGGGAUGUGAGCAGCCACCCCAAGGAGCUGGCAGGCGUGGAGGAAGAGGAAGCUUCGAGGGCUGUGAGUCACGUCCCCGGGGAUCAGGAGCCCGGCGGCAGCACCAGCCCUCCGAGGCUGCAGCUUGGGCUGCCUGCUCUGACUGAGAGCCCGUCCCUGCGCGGGAAACUCCAGCAGGCCCUCAAGCUGUGUCCCCCGGAGGACAAGGAGCCCGAGGAUUGCAAAGCGCCCCCGAGGCCCUUGGAGGCUCAAGGUGCCCAGCUGCAGGGCAGGAGUAAUGAGUGGGAAGUGGUGGUUCAAGUUGAGGAUGACGGGAAUGGCGACUGUGUUUCUGAGACAGAGACCAUGCUGACCAGGAGGAAGUCAAACGCGCUCAGAAAGCCCUGCCCUGCCGAGCCAGCCCUGAGCGCAGGCGCUCUGGCAGCCGAGCCCCCCGCGAACAGAAAAGGUACAGCGGUGCCGGUCGAGUGCCCCACCUGUCAUAAAAAGUUCCUCAGCAAAUACUACCUGAAAGUCCACAACAGGAAACACACUGGGGAGAAGCCCUUCGAGUGCCCCAAAUGUGGGAAGUGCUACUUCCGGAAGGAGAACCUCCUGGAGCACGAAGCCCGGAAUUGUAUGAACCGCUCCGAGCAGGUCUUCACGUGCUCCGUGUGCCAGGAGACCUUCCGCCGGAGGAUGGAGCUGCGGGUGCACAUGGUGUCCCACACGGGGGAGAUGCCCUACAAGUGCUCCUCCUGCUCCCAGCAGUUCAUGCAGAAGAAGGACUUGCAGAGCCACAUGAUCAGGCUGCACGGAGCGCCCAAGCCCCACGCUUGCCCCACCUGUGCCAAGUGCUUCCUGUCCCGGACCGAACUGCAGCUGCACGAGGCUUUCAAGCACCGCGGAGAGAAGCUGUUUGUGUGCGAGGAGUGUGGGCACCGGGCCUCGAGCCGCAACGGCCUGCAGAUGCACACCAAAGCCAAGCACAGGAAUGAGCGGCCCUAUGUCUGCGAGUUCUGCAGCCACGCCUUCACCCAGAAGGCCAACCUCAACACGCACCUGCGCACGCACACGGGCGAGAAGCCCUUCCAGUGCCACCUCUGCGGCAAGACCUUCCGCACCCAAGCCAGCCUGGACAAGCACCACCGCACGCACACCGGCGAGCGGCCCUUCGGCUGCGAGUUCUGCGAGCAGCGUUUCACUGAGAAGGGGCCGCUGCUGCGGCACGUGGCCAGCCGCCACCAGGAGGGCCGCCCCCACUUCUGCCAGAUCUGUGGCAAGACCUUCAAAGCCGUGGAGCAGCUGCGGGUGCACGUGCGGAGGCACAAGGGCGUGCGCAAGUUCGAGUGCACCAAGUGCGGCUACAAGUUCACGCGGCAGGCCCACCUGCGGCGGCACAUGGAGAUCCACGAGCGUGUGAAGAACUACAGCCCGCGGCAGCGCAAGCUGCGGAACCUGGUCAUCGAGGACGAGAAGGUGGUGGUGGUCGCGCUGCAGCCGCCCGCCGAGCUGGAGGUGGGCUCCGCCGAGGUCAUCGUGGAGUCGCUGGCCCAGGGCGGCCUGGCGCCACCGCUCCCCGCCCAGAGACUGUGCGCCGAGGAGGGCUUCCCGGGCGUCAUGGAGCCCUCGCUGCUCAUCACCGCGGCCAUCCCCGAGGACUGUGACUCGUAG